GAUGAUCAAAGAAUAUGAUUAUUUGUUCAAGUUAGUAAUUAUUGGUAACUCUGGAGUUGGAAAGAGUUCAUUAUUGUUGAGAUUUGCAGAUGACUAAUUUAGUGAAUCUUAUCUAACAACUAUUGGUGUUGAUUUUAGAUUCAGAACAUUACCUAUUGAUGGAAAGAAUGUAAAAUUAUAAAUUUGGGACACUGCUGGAUAAGAAAGAUUCAGAACAAUCACAAGUGCAUACUAUAAGGUAAUUAAUAAUUAUUAAUAAUAUUUUAGGGUGCUGAUGGAAUUGUUAUGGUAUAUGAUGUCACAUAAGGUUAAUCAUUUGAUGAUAUUGAUAAAUUCUGGUUGCAUGAAGUAGAAUCAUAUGGUGAAAAAAAUGUGUAAUUAUUAAUCAUUGGAAAUAAAAAUGAUUUAGAUGAAUAGAAAUAGUAACAAAAUUAUUUAUUUAAAUAAGAAUAGAAACAUCAAAGGCUGAAGAAUAUUGUAAGUCUCAUAAUAUGCUUUUUAUGGAAUGUAGUGCUAAAACAGCUGAUCAUGUUAAUAAUGCCUUUCUUGAAUUAUCACGAAAACUAAUGGCUAAAAAGGAUGCAUCCUAACCACCCAAGACUACUAAUACAACAUCAAAUGUUACACAAUAAUCAUAAUCUAGAGGGUAUAUAUUUAUUUAUUAUUUUUUUUAGAUAAACUAAUACCAACACUUCAUAAUCAAAUAAACUUAGUGCUAACACUUCAAACUAAAAAAAAUAAAAAGAUGGAGGUUGCUGUUGA